UAUACUUCUUCUUUGGUCUUCUUUGUUUGCGUUUCCUAUGUUUCCUCGUGCAUUCCUCCUCUCGUUCUCGCUCAUCAGUUUGCAGCUAUGGCCGACGACGAAGUUUGCUUCGCGCUAGCGGUCCGUUCGUAGUACAGCAAAUUGUGCGCAACUUGUCGUUUAUCUCUGUCAAAAUUAUAUCGACGCAAUGGAGAGCCCAUCGGAAGCCCUGAGUGUGGACGACGUGUACACCCUGGCCGAGGAGAUUGGCAAGGAGUUUGAGAUCGUCAUUGACAACCACGGUGUGGAGGCCGUCAAGAAACUCAUGACCAAAGUUAUCUGCGUCUUGGAAUACCUCGAAGCCUACGCCUUCAAAAACGACACCGCCCGCGAAGAGAUCGUCCGUCUCAAAGCCCAGAUCUACCAGCUGGAACAUGACAAGUCCGAAAAAGCACAGUCCAGGAACAAACUGGAGAAGGAAAUGGAGCAGUACGAGGAUGUUUGGAGGCAAGAGAUGAAGGAUCUGGGCAGCCUGGUGGCGAGGCUGCAGGAAGAAAACUCCAAACUCAGCACCUCUUUGAAGGCACGGGAUGGCUUUCCUCCAGUUCCCAGCGAACCUCACACUGGCAACAUUCUGGGGGACGAGAGCCUCGUGCUGAAACAGCUCAGGGAUGCCUACGACAAGCAGACAACGGAGCUGCGGAAGUGCGAGAAGGACCUGGUGCAGAAGGCUGCCGAUUUGGAGACGGUUCAGCGGCAGCUGGAGGCGGCACGCAAGAGUGUGGCGGAGCAGGGCCGUCGCAGCCGGCGCCUGCAGGUGCAGGUGCGGCAGCUGUGCGAGGAGCAGGGGGACCUGCAGGCGCAGCUACAGGACGCGCACGGGCAACUGACCCUGCUGCAGCAGCGCCUGGGCACAGCUGUCAAGGACAACUACGACCUGCUCGAGUCGCGGGACGGACUAAGCAGCGUGGACAUGCGCGGCAAGGUGCUGGUGGACCUCGACGAUCCGCAGCGGCCCCGCUUCACCCUGGAUGAGCUCAAGAACAUCCUCUUUGAGAGGAACGAGCUCAAGGCCAAAGUGAGCGACCUCGAGGACGAACUGGCCCUCUACAGGCCCAUGUGGUGGACUUAUCAAGCCACCUCGGUUUCGAGCAGGCCCGCGCAGCAGGCGUCGCACCACAGUCCCGACGACGACGACCUGCCCGUGCAGGGCCCCAUCAACCAGGAGCCCGAGGAGAAGCUUUUUUCUCUCGGAAGGGCCUCGGGGAUCAGGAAAUUUUUUCCAAGCGCCCUUUGGCCGCGCGUGAAGCCCGGCUGACGUCGGGGGUGGAGGUGGCGGCUCACUGGAUCGCCGGCCGCCUCCUUCUGAACCUCCUGCUCCUCUCCGACCCCCAAGACCGGCUCUGCCUGACGGUGAACGUGGCACCACUCUUCGACCUCGGACUGAAUCUCGGACCGAUCGCAGCUCGGCGUCGCGACGAUGACGAAGGCGACGACUGAGCGGAUAUGAUCCGGACGGCCCAAUCCAAAGUGUGUGGUCGUAUGUCGCAGUGACCGCCGCCGAAAACAGUUGGUGUCCCAAGUCUACUCGUUUAUUAAGGCCUGUUCACACGUAUGCCGCAGCACUACUUGGGCGCUAUCAGUCAGCGCUGGAGGUAGUGCUGACCUCGCUGACGCAUUGUUGAUCUCCAGUGCUAUCAGUCAGUGCUGGAAACAGCGCUCACCUCGCUGAUCCCGCACUGACUUCAAGCUAUGCUAGUGGUAUAGCGCUGAUCGGCACUGCACCAGUGCUAAGUUAUGUUCAGGUCAGCGCUGCAUCAGAGCUGUUCCUAGUGUUGAUUGAGUGCUAUGGUGUAUGUGUGAACCGGCUUUUAAUCCUCAAUUUUGCUGACUCGCGGGGCAAGGGUUGGCCCAAUUCUCCUACCAACCCAUUUGCCGGUAGUCCCUAGAUGCUUCGUUGUUACAACCACUUUUGUCGAUAAGCUGUGCUGUUCCACGACAACAUCCUGGUUGCCAGCAACGAGGUUAUUCUAGUGGUUGGGGGGUAGCGUCGGCCAACUGUUGCCCCGGUGCAAAUUAGACAAGAUGCGCUUGGAAGAAGAAAUGCUGCGGUGUUCGAGGGGUCGGAGUCGGCGCUCGCGUCCAUCCACAAUUCGGCGUUGGAAGCUUCAGCAACGUGCCACCACGAGUUUUCAACACUGGGAUCUGACAAAACUAGGCAACGAGAAAACAGUAUUGUGGAUACGUGGUCCCAAGUUUUUCAAUAUCGUCGACGAGGCAGGGUUGGAUGAAUAUCUAUCUGUUUGUAAAUUAAAAAUUACGAGCAUGUGUAGAGCUGAACUGCCUUGUAUCACAAGCCUAAACUACUAUAAUUUUUUGCUGCUUUUUGCAUUUGCGUAAUGGUGCAAUAAUUGCCUCAAAAACCACCAAAUAUUGAUGAAAUAUAUAUAUAUAUAUAUACCGUAUUUGCACGAAUAUAACGCGACCACGAAUAUAUCGCGAGGGCAGUUUUUGAUUCCCCCAAAAAGAAAAAAAA